GCCAGGCGCGCCGCCCCUCGGUCCGUGUCUGUCCGUGCGACCGAUCGCGCCACGAUCGGGGCUUGGGAGCCGCCAGGAGGACGUCGUUACCCGGCCGCGUAGACGCGGCCCCAGCCUCGGCAUGAAGUCCCGCAGGGACAAGCUGCACAUCCCGGCGCUGACCCUCGAUCUGUCUCCGAGCAGUCAGAGCCCGUCGCUGCUGAGCCCCAGCAGCCCCUGCAGCCCCUGUAGCCCCUCCCUGGGCCUGCACCCCUGGAGCUGCCGCAGCGGGAACCGCAAAAGCUUGGUCGUGGGAACACCGUCACCGACUCUAUCCCGGCCCCUGUCACCACUGUCUGUCCCAACCGCAGGCAGCAGCCCCCUGGACAGUCCCCGGAACUUCUCCGCUGCAUCGGCCAUUAACUUCCCCUUUGCCCGGAGCAGCCACAUCCACCGCGCGGACAGGGCAGACGGCAGGAGAUGGUCCCUGGCGUCUCUCCCGUCUUCCGGCUAUGGAACCAACACGCCCAGCUCCACCGUUUCGUCAAGCUCGUCCUCCAGGGAGCGUCUCCACCAGCUUCCCUUCCAGCCCACGCCAGACGAGCUCUGCUUCCUGUCCAAGCACUUCCGCAGCUCAGAGAGUGUGGCUGAUGAGGAGGGCCACCGCUCACCGCGCCUGCGCCCCCGCUCCCGCAGCCUCAGUCCUGGGCGCACAUCAGGGACCUUCGACAAUGAGAUCGUCAUGAUGAAUCACGUGUACCGCGAGAGGUUUCCCAAGGCCACGGCACAGAUGGAGGGCCGCCUGCAGGAGUUCCUCGUAGCCAAUGCGCCCGGCGCGCGGCUGGCCCUGGCGGAUGGCGUCCUGGGCUUCAUCCACCACCAGAUCGUCGAGCUGGCCCGGGACUGCCUGGCCAAGUCUGGCGAGAACCUGGUCACCUCCCGCUACUUCUUGGAGAUGCAGGAGAAGCUGGAGCGGCUGCUGCAGGACGCGCACGAGCGCUCGGACAGCGAGGAGGUCGGCUUCAUCGUGCAGCUCGUCCGAAAACUGCUCAUCAUCAUCUCGCGGCCCGCCCGGCUCCUCGAGUGUCUGGAGUUCGAUCCCGAGGAGUUUUACCAUUUGCUGGAGGCGGCCGAGGGCCAGGCCCGGGAGGGCCAGGGCAUCAAGACGGACCUGCCGCAGUACAUCAUCGGGCAGCUGGGCCUGGCCAAGGACCCGCUGGAGGAGAUUGAGCCUCUGAGUCAUCUCGACGGAGGACAGCCCCCAGCACCCGAGUCCCCAGAGAGCCGUGCCCUGGUUGGCCCAUCCCGGAGGAAGCCAUGUGAGAGUGACUUUGAGACCAUCAAGCUCAUCAGCAACGGGGCCUAUGGGGCUGUCUACCUGGUGCGACACCGUGACACGCGGCAGCGCUUCGCCAUCAAGAAGAUCAAUAAGCAGAACUUGAUCCUGCGCAACCAGAUCCAGCAGGUGUUCGUGGAGCGCGACAUCCUCACCUUCGCCGAGAACCCCUUUGUGGUCAGCAUGUUCUGCUCCUUCGAGACGCGGCGCCACCUGUGCAUGGUCAUGGAGUACGUGGAAGGCGGUGACUGCGCCACCCUCCUGAAGAACAUGGGCCCGCUGCCCGUGGACAUGGCCCGCAUGUACUUCGCGGAGACGGUGCUGGCGCUCGAGUACCUGCACAACUACGGCAUCGUGCACCGCGACCUCAAGCCCGACAACCUGCUCAUCACCUCCCUCGGCCACAUCAAGCUGACCGAUUUCGGCCUGUCCAAAAUUGGCCUCAUGAGCAUGGCCACCAACCUCUACGAGGGCCACAUUGAGAAGGACGCCCGCGAGUUUGUGGACAAGCAGGUGUGCGGGACCCCCGAGUACAUCGCCCCCGAGGUGAUCUUCCGCCAGGGCUACGGGAAGCCGGUGGACUGGUGGGCCAUGGGGAUCGUCCUCUAUGAAUUCCUCGUGGGCUGCGUGCCCUUCUUCGGAGACACCCCUGAAGAACUCUUCGGCCAGGUGGUCAGCGAUGAGAUCAUAUGGCCCGAGGGGGACGAGGCCCUCCCUGCCGAUGCCCAGGACCUCAUCACCAGGCUGCUGCGGCAGAGCCCCCUGGACCGGCUGGGCACCGGCGGCACCCACGAGGUGAAGCAGCACCCCUUCUUCCUGGCCCUGGACUGGGCGGGGCUCCUGCGACACAAGGCUGAGUUUGUCCCGCAGCUGGAAGCCGAGGACGACACCAGCUACUUCGACACGCGUUCAGAACGGUACCGCCACCUGGGCUCCGAGGAUGAGGAGACCAACGACGAGGAGUCCUCCACUGAGAUCCCCCAGUUCUCCUCCUGCUCCCACCGGUUCAGCAAGGUCUACAGCAGCUCUGAGUUCCUGGCCGUCCAGCCCACGCCUACCUUCACUGAAAGGAGCUACAGUGAGGACCGGGAGGAAGGGUGGGAGCGCAGCAGUGAAGGGGAGAAUGGCCGUCGGCCGAGCACUGAAGUCCGGCUAAGGUCCUGGACGUCCUCUGGUUCCUCCUGUCACUCAUCUUCGUCGCAGCCUGAGCGGGGCCCCAGCCCAUCCCUCCUGAGCACCAUUAGCCUAGACACGAUGCCCAAGUUUGCCUUCUCUUCAGAGGACGAGGGAGCAGGCGCAGCCUCUGGGGACCCUAAGAAACCCGUCUUCAUCCUGGGGGAGCCGGACCCCCCUCCACCAGCCACCCCAGUGAUGCCCAAGCCCUCAAGCCUUUCCGCUGACACAGCGGCCCUGAGCCACGCGCGCCUGCGGAGCAACAGCACGGGGGCCCGCCACUCCACGCCCCGGCCCCUGGAUGCCGGCCGGGGCCGCCGCCUCGGGGGCCCGAGAGACCCGGGGCCCGAGAAGUCCCGGGCCUCCCCCAGCAGUGGCGGGGGCAGCGGGGGACGUGUGCCCAAGUCAGCGUCCGUCUCUGCCCUGUCGCUCAUCAUCACAGCAGAUGAUGGCAGCGGCGGCCCCCUCAUGAGCCCCCUGUCCCCGCGCUCCCUGUCCUCGAACCCGUCCUCCCGAGACUCCUCGCCCAGCCGGGACCCGUCCCCCGUGUGCGGCAGCCUGCGGCCCCCCAUCGUCAUCCACAGCUCGGGCAAGAAGUACGGCUUCAGCUUGCGGGCCAUCCGCGUCUACAUGGGUGACAGUGACGUCUACACCGUGCACCACGUUGUCUGGAGCGUGGAGGACGGGAGCCCCGCCCAGGAGGCGGGCCUGCGCGCCGGCGACCUGCUCACGCACAUCAACGGGGAGUCGGUGCUGGGGCUGGUGCACAUGGACGUGGUGGAGCUGCUGCUGAAGAGCGGUAACAAGCUCUCCCUGCGGACCACGGCCCUGGAGAACACGUCCAUCAAGGUGGGCCCGGCGCGGAAGAACGUGGCCAAGGGCCGCAUGGCUCGCCGGAGCAAGCGGAGCCGUCGGCGGGAGACCCAGGACCGGCGAAAGUCGCUCUUCAAGAAGAUCUCCAAGCAGCCCGCCUCCGCGCUGCACACCAGCCGCAGCUUCUCCUCCGGCCUCCACCACUCGCUGUCCUCCAGCGAGAGCCUCCCGGGCUCGCCCACGCACAGCCUCUCCCCCAGCCCCACCACGCCCUGCCGCAGCCCCGCCCCCGAUGCCCCAGCAGAUACCGCAUCCCCACCCAGCGUGUCCCCGAGCUCCAGCAGCCCUGCCUCCCCAGCCGCUGCUGGCCACACCCGCCCCAGCUCCCUGCAUGGCCUGGCUGCCAAACUGGGGCCACCACGCCACAAGACUGGCCGCCGCAAGUCCACGAGCAGCAUCCCUCCGUCCCCGCUGGCCUGUCCACCCGUGGCUGCAGCCCCACCGCGCUCGCCCUCGCCCCUGCCGGGGCACCCCACCCCCCGGUCCCCGCGGCUGCGUCGGGGCCAGUCAGCCGACAAGCUGGGCACAGGAGAGCGGCUGGAUGCGGAGCCCGGGCGCCGCAGCCGCGGGCAGGACUCGGAGCUGGUGGUGAUGCGGCGGCUGCACCUGUCCGAGCGCCGAGACUCCUUCAAGAAGCAGGAGGCGGUGCAGGAGGUGAGCUUCGACGAGCCGCCGGAGGAGGGCGCUGUGCUGCUCGCCGCGGUGCCGCAGAUCGCCGUGGAAGGCGCCGAGAGCGCGCCCGGAGCCCCGGCCGCGAAGGACUGAGCCCAGCCGCCGCUCCCGGGCCUCGAAGCCACGCGUUCUUCGUGCUGUCUUUUUCCGUCAAGUCACGCCUGGAUGGAGACUGACACAUCAGCCUGCGACACCUAGAAGGCAGAAGCCAUCUCGGUCCUUGCUGGAGGGUGGAGACUGCGCCUCCCUCCCUCGUAUUCUGGUGGCCGUGGGGCAGGAGGAGCAGGGAUGGGGGCCGCGGGCGACGUUGUAAAUAGCAGCGAGUCCUUGCAACUAAUUUAUUACUUUUUAUAAGCAAUAGUCAGACUGGCCGUUCCUCGGAAGCGGCUGCCAGGUCUGGCCCCAGGCACCUGAGACCCCGACUACAGACCCUGCCCUCUGGGCUGAGAAGGAAGCACUUUGGACAAGUCGUGUGUGUUUGUGUUUUCUAGUUUGUCUGUACUUUCAAAGUGUGUGUGUGUGUGUGUGUGUGUCCGUCCUGAUCCCAUUUCCAACCCAAGAUUGAUUUGAGAGGAUGCAACCAAGCUCACCUGUCCAGGCCGGGUUUGGAUAUGACCUGGAGGGUCCACAAAUUGCGCUUCCCCCAAAACAAUCUAAUCUCAGUGAUGGACUGGACUUCUGAGGGUCACUUCCCACUGUCAUAGCUGCCGUCCCCAAUCCAUCCUUGCUAGAGUCCGCCUCCAAUCCUGCAGGCUCCAGCCUGGAGGAAGUAGUGGGUGUGGGAGCUGGGGCUUUGAUGGAUGAGUAGGAGAUCACCAGGUCUAGACAGAGGUCUCCUACUCCACUGGCAGGUGUCCCCAAUGCCCUGGGAGGCACAGGCCUCAAAGGCUACUGCCAAGGAGGGGGUGUCUACUCUGGACAAAAUCCCAUGUGUUCAAGGUCCACCAGAGUGAGCCCUUGACCAUGAUAUGUCUGAAACAUCCGUCAGCAGGUCCUUCAGUGUCAGAGCCUCCCUGGGAAGAGGUUCCAUGAGGAAGGCCAGCUGAGGGCAACAAGACCCAGGUUUGAAUUUCAGCUUCACUGUGUGGCUCUGGGAAAAUGGCUUUCCCACUCUGUGCCUGAGUUUCCUUGUGUUUACAAGACUAAUCCCAAUGACUAUUUAUUAAGCACCUACUGUGUGCCAAGCGCUUUUACUCAUGGCUUCUCCCUCUGCCUGCCUCUAGAAGGCUGGAAGUGGUAUUGUUAUCUCUAUUGUACAGUCCAAGCAGCUGAGGCCCAGCAAGGGGCAGAGACUUGGCCCAGGAUGGCCCAGGGAGGGUCCUGGUAGAAGAGAGCAUCUGCCAGGCCCUGUUGCAGGCAGUAUCAUCAAGAGAGCUUGAACGGUGUCAGCUACAGCAGAUUCUAGCCUCAGUUCUUUCCCAGUGAUGCUGCGGGUGACCCGCUGGGCAUCUGGGAGGCAGCUGGUGAGACUGCUCCACACCCCCUGGUGAGGGAGAUUCCCGCGCUGCAGCCUGCUCUGCAUUCCUCCCUGAGCCCUCGCGCUGCCUGGUGUUGAAGGGCAGACCUCGGCUGUGCAUGACUCGCCCCUCCGUCCAUCCUGGAGCUGGCAGUGAAUAAAAGCCACACUUACAAAGA